CACUCACACUCUCGCUCAGCACAGAUUCAGAGGUCGGGAGCAAAGAUUCACACAGGGAGAGGGUGGAAAAAGGAAACAGUUUUCCCCUUCUGUCACCACGAAGGAGACACAAACAAGAGAAAAGAUGGAGAGGACGCAGGGAGACGGAGAGGUGGACCACCUGGAGCGGCCAAGCCCACUGACUGACAAGGAGAGGGUGAUGAUCCAGGACUCCUGGGGAAAAGUCUACCAGAACUGUGAUGAUGUCGGGGUGGCCAUUCUAGUCAGAUUCUUUGUCAACUUCCCCUCCUCCAAGCAGUUUUUCAGCCAGUUCAAGCACAUUGAGGAUGCGGAGGAGCUGGAGCAGAGUUCCCAGCUCAGGAAACAUGCUCGGAGAGUCAUGAAUGCCAUCAAUACACUGGUGGAGAACCUUGACAACUCAGAUAAGGUGGCGUCGGUGCUGAAGCUGGUGGCCAAGGCCCAUGCACUCCAACACAAGGUGGAGCCUGUGUACUUCAAGAUUCUGAGUGGUGUGAUUCUAGAAGUCCUGGGUGAAGAGUAUCCAGAGGUUGUCACACCAGAGGUGGGCGCAGCGUGGACAAACCUCUUGGCUACGGUACACUGCAGUAUCACUGCCAUCUAUAAGGAACUGGGCUGGGACAAACUCUCAACCUCCACUGGUUGAAGGUUUUAAUCUUGGGCUACCCAUAUGGAAAAGAAGUAGUAAAAUUUUCUUAGAAUUAUCCACUCUCUAAUAGUAAAGGUUAGUUUUAUAUAUUGUAAUACUAUGAUUUACUCAUGAACGUGUCCAUUUUGUGUUUUUCUUGUACUUGUAUAAUAGCCUGCAUAUUUUUUAUGAUUAUCUUGCAUGAGAAAAAUGUGGAAUGGCCACUUUCAUAGGUAAAAUAAUGGUAUGAGACAUAAGCCUUGAGAUAUACACAUAUAAAACAAACAUUUACUUGUGUUUUUGUUUGUUUGUUUGUUUUUCUAUUUCUUUUCCACAUAGGUAGGCAUGCAGGGAACUUUCUAAUUUCAGGCUUCACAGGACAUCAAUCAGUCGGCUCUAAUCUGAGAUAGAGUUUGAUGUAAUCUAAGAUAAUCAUGGGACGUGCACUCUUAUGUAUGGUUAGUGUGUUUCUGUCUGUAUAAGAGAGGGAGAGACCGAAAGAAAGAGAGGGAGGAAUUAAAAAAAAAAAAAAAGCUCACCUCCUUUAUACUCUUGUAAAAGGCUAAACCAUUAAAAGGAGAGAGCAAAGAGGAAGAAAAUGCAAACAUAGACCCACCAGUGGACUAGAGGUCACAUUUGACUUGGAUGUGCCUUCUACCGAAUGUGUAUAUCUAGAAACAGAAAUGUAAACAGCAUUCUUUUUAAACAGUAUGAUGUAUUUCAGAUGUUUAAUCUUAUCAUUCUGUAUCCACUCGUGUACACUUUAUUAGCUCUUACGUAUACCGAGACAUUUUUACAUUUAAAUGUGAUGAUUGUACGUUUUUCAUUAUGACUCACGUUUGUAUCUGUCAUUGACU